UCAUUCGUACCCCUACUACGAGUUACGCUGUCUCGUACCGCUUGUACCCGACGUUUGUGUUAGGUGCGAUAUACAUACGUUCCUUUGAAAAAAUUACCCGCUUUCUUUGAAUGCGUAUUUUUUAUUAAUCAAAGGACGUACGCUCAACGUAUCUAAAUAACAUACCCAUUCCUGUACUGUGACAACGCAUGUGUUCUAGUUCUCACUCUUUAAGGCUGAGCUGUACUAACCGAAUUUUUGAAUUUUAUUUUUCUGUUAAUUUAUUAAUAAAUUGUUCUUACAGUAAUUUUAAUAAUCUCCGAACAAAUGUGUAAAACAAAUUUUUUCGAAAGAUUUUCAUCACUUGAAUGACAUAACUCUUUAAGACGUAAUUAGAAAAGUAUAACUUGAAAAUUCAUUUAAUACUAUCUACACUUAAAGGAGGAGGGGAAUUUCGUAAGUAUCUUUUUCCAGAAAAUUUCUGCUCCAUGCUCUUUCGAUUUCUGCAGGCACCUAUCGGAAGUUUACUCCAUAUGUAUAAUUGUUUAGGUGAAACAGCCGUUCACAUUUUGGAAUGCACCCAUAGGAAAUUCUAGGGCGUGGUGGGAGGUAGCACACGUGGUCUUAUUUAAUUGAUCGUUUGUAUAUAAAAAAAAAAAUUAUAGCAAUCUAAAGUGUUGAAUUGUGAUAAUUUAUCACCUGUCACAGCUUUUAUAAUAAUUUUAAAUCCAGAAAUUAAAAUUGUAAUCAGCUCAAGGUAGAAACAAAUGGGCAGUUGGCCAAUCUCCACAUCUUCAGUCUUACUAUCAUCAGUCUCAAAGUGUUUUUACUCAUAAUCUCAUCAGUUGGUUCAAUUGAUAAUUAUCUCUACACAAUACGCCUGCAAUUUAAAACAAAGAAUUAUAAAUAAUGAAGACUAUUUGGGUAAUUGGUGGACCAGGUUGUGGAAAAGGAACUCAAUGCAGUAAAAUAAUAGACAAAUAUGGAUUAUUGCAUAUAAGUAGUGGUGAUUUAUUACGUGAAGAGGUUGCAAGUGGAAGUUCUCGAGGUGCAUCACUUCAGGAUCUCAUGUCCAAAGGACUUUUUGUUCCUACGGAUGUUGUGUUAUCAUUGAUCAAAGAACGAAUGGACAAAGCACGUCAAGACGGAAGUACUAAAACAGGAUUUUUGAUUGAUGGAUAUCCUCGUGAGUUGGAACAAGGUCUUCAAUUUGAAAAAGACGUAUGUCCGGUAGAUUUAAUAUUAUUUUUUGAUGUUAAAAAUGAUACUAUGAAAACUAGAUUACUUGGGCGUGCUGCUGUUUCUCAAAGGGCUGAUGACAAUGAAGAGACAAUUGUUAAAAGAAUCGAAAUUUUUAACGAAAAAAACAAUAAAAUUGUUGAACACUACAAAGAUAAAGUCGUACGAAUAAAUGCCGAAGGUACUAUUGAUGGUAUUUUUAGUGAGGCCUCCAAAGCUCUAGAGCCUUUAUUCAGUUAAACAUCGAAUUAAUGAUAAAUAAAUUUCAAUCUAUGGAAUAAGACCUUGGUUAAAAAAUAAAAAAAUAAUAAUAAUGGCACAUAUGCUUUACGCUUAUUAUGUAAACUAAGUUCAAGGCUAACUAAAUUAUGGUACAACUAGUAGAUAAUAAUAAUAAAUGUUAUCACCCACAAUUAUUUAAUGACGUUUCCUGUUUAAAAAAAUCAAAAAGAAGAUAUAUAAAUAAUGUUAUAAAUUAUUUGA